AUGCGCCUUGCCGAAUGACGGGACAAUGUUUUCAACUUAUGUCAGAUGUACAUUUAACUUCGCCUUUAGCUAUGUUUUAUGUUGUAUAGUGUCGUCUAGCCGAUCAGAGCUUGGUUCAUUCGUUUCUUACAGAUUUUAAAUCUACAUUUCGUCAUCUUUGGAUUUAACAAGCCGCCAAGAUGGGGAAACGUCAACAUCAAAAGGAUAAAAUGUAUCUUACAUACACAGAAUGGACAACAUUGUAUGGUGGAAAAAUGUCUGGCACUUCGUCAGAAACCAGUGAAGAUACAACAUUCCGUCGUUUGCCAUUUGAUCAUUGUUGCUUAAGUUUACAACCAUUUGACCAUCCUUACUGCGAUGCUCAAGGAAAUAUAUUUGAACUAGAGGCCUUGUUACCUUACGUUAAACAUUUUAAACACAAUCCUGUAACAGGAAAAUCCUUGGAUAUGAAAAGCUUGACAAAGCUAAAUUUUUUUAAAAAUACAGACGGAGAAUAUCAUUGCCCAGUAUUAUUUAAAAUAUUCUCUAAACAUUCUCAUAUUGUAGCGGUCAAAACAACUGGCAAUGUCUUUUCGUAUGAAGCAGUAGAACAGUUAAAUAUUAAAAAUCGAAACUGGAAAGAUUUAAUUUCUGAUGUGACAUUUACUAGAAAGGAUCUUAUUACUAUUCAAGAUCCUAGUGAUGCUAGAAAAUUUAAUCUAUCUACAUUUCAUCAUAUAAAAAAUAAUCUUCGAGUGGAGGACGAAGAAGUGACUAAAGAACGAAACAAUCCAAAUGCCAAGUUAAAAACAGUAUCGAUGGAAACAAAAGAAAUUCUGAGCGAGCUAGAGCGUGAUUACAAGCCAGUAGGAGUAACUAAAGCAUUAGAAAAAGUUAAAGCAGAUAAAUUUAAUGCGGCACAUUACUCAACUGGAGCUGCGGCUGCAGGUCUUACGUCAACAGUAAUGCCAAGAGUAACCGUACUAGAAGCUGCUAUUCUCGAGGAAGAUGUUGUUCGCUACGAGAGAGUAAAGAAAAAAGGAUACGUAAAGAUUAUUACAAAUUUUGGUCCACUAAAUUUGGAACUACAUUGCGACAUGGUACCGAAAACAUGUGAAAAUUUUAUGAAACAUUGCCAAAAUGGUUAUUACAAUGGUACAAAAUUUCACAGAUCCAUAAGAAAUUUUAUGAUACAAGGUGGAGAUCCAACAAAUACAGGAAACGGGGGAAAAUCCAUUUGGGAUAAGCCUUUUGAAGAUGAAUUUAAGCCGAAUCUCGUGCAUCAAGGUAGGGGGAUUCUCUCAAUGGCAAAUUCGGGAACAAAUACAAAUGGAUCGCAAUUUUUCAUUACGUUUCGUUCUUGUCGACACUUGGACAACAAGCACACGGUUUUCGGGAAAAUUGUCGGCGGUUUAGAAACGUUGAAUGCAAUUGAGAAAAUCGAAGUCGAUAAUAAGGAUAGGCCAAUCGAAGAUAUUAUAAUUCAAGCUGUACAGAUUUUUGUCGAUCCUUACGACGAGGCCGACGAGCAAUUAGCGGCGGAAAGAGCAGCUGAAACUGAAAGACUGGCCAAGGAGGCUUUAGAGAAAAAUACUCCAAGAAAGAGAAGCGGAGAGCAGGCUUUAAAAAUUUAUCGUACAGGAAUUGGAAAGUACCUGAACCCAGCUAUCAAAGAUGAUAAAUUGGAGGCGAAGGACACAACGUUCGAAAUUGCAAAGAAGAAGAAAAAAGUCGUGUCAAAUACUUUUAAUUUUUCAUCUUGGUAGCCGAGCUAAAA